AUGGAGGAGACUGGGAAGGAAGGAGUCAAAGGUUACAGUUGUGGUUUUCACUUCUCUCUUCCUUUUGUCCCCCAUCAUAUCAUCCGCGGCAAGGAUCGGUCCACUGUAAGUUUGUUCCUCUCUCUCUCUCUCUCUCUCCCACUUUGUUCCUUUCUCUCUCUCUCCCUCACUUUGUUCCUUUUCUCUCUCUCUCUCCCCACUUUGUUCCUUUCUCUCUCUCUCUCUCUCCCCACUUUGUUCCUUUUCUCUCUCUCUCUCCCCCACUUUGUUCCUUUCUCUCUCUCUCUCUCCCCCACUUUGUUCCUUUCUCUCUCUCUCUCCCCAACUUUGUUCCUUUCUCUCUCUCUCUCUCUCUCCCCACUUUGUUCCUCUCUCUCUCUCCCCCACUUUGUUCCUCUCUCUCUCCCCCACUUUGUUCCUCUCUCUCUCUCUCUCUCUCCCACUUUGUUCCUCUCUCUCUCUCCCACUUUGUUUCUCUCUCUCUCUCUCUCUCCCACUCUCAGUUUCCUUUCUCAUUCUGUUUUUCUUUCUCUAUCCCACUAUGUCACUGGGGUUGAUAUGCCUGUUCUCCCCUCUCUCUCUCUCCCACAGUGUUCUCACCUCUCUCUCUCUCCCACAGUGUUCUCCCCUCUCUCUCUCUCUAUCUCAUCUUUCUCUGUAGAUUUCCUUCUCUCUCCCUUUCCCCAUGCUAGUGUCUCCCUCUAUCUUGCUUGUUCCUCUCUAUCUCUCUCACUUAGUUCCUCUUUUUUUCUUUCUCUCUCACUUAGUUCCUCUUUUUUUCUUUCUCUCUCAUUUUGUUCCUCUUUUUUUCUUUCUCUCUCAUUUUGUCCCUCUUUUUUUUCUUUCUCUCUCAUUUUGUCCCUCUUUUUUUUCUUUCUCUCUCAUUUUGUCCCUCUUUUUUUUCUUUCUCUCUCAUUUUGUCCCUCUUUUUUUUCUUUCUCUCUCAUUUUGUCCCUCUUUUUUUUCUUUCUCUCUCAUUUUGUCCCUUUUUUUUUCUUUCUCUCUAUUAUGGAUCAUUACUUCGCAUCUAUUUUCUCUCUCAUUCUAUUUUCUCUCUCUCCCAGUCCAUUUAUCUAUAGUCUCUUAGUUUCUAUCUUUUGUUCCUUCAUAUCUAUUUGCCGUCUUUUAAGUUCUAUCUGUCGUUUCUUCAUAUCUAACAAUAGUGAUUUUAACAUCGUUCCUUCAUUUCUAUCUAUCUUUCCUUCAUUUCUGUCUACCGUUUCUUCAUUUCUAUCUAUUUAUCGCCUCUUCACUUAUAAUUUACCUAUCAUCUAUUCAUUUCUAUCUAUCUACCGAUCGUCUAUUCAUUUCUUUCUAUCUACCGAUCUGUUUUCCUGUCUAUCUCUCUCUCUCUCUCUCUCUCUCUCUCUCUCUCUCUCUCACUCACACACAUGCACACCUUCAUUUUGGAGGUCUAUCUCACAUUAG